CAUUGUGUAUUGGAGGAGACGGAAAGCUCUACAUUUUCGCUUGGUGAUGGCAUCGACCCCGCCAUGGACCCUGCGGCAAUCCUUGUCACCGAGUUCGGCGCCGAAGAAUGCGCCCCAGUCAGCCCACGCAGCCAGUGACGCUGCGAUAACCCUGCCCUCAUAAAUAAAAUAAUCGACUAGUCAGUGACUCCUCGACCCGCACCAAACGUCAAACCACAGCUAUGUCGACCUUUGGCAACCAUUUCAAAGUCACAACCUACGGCGAGUCCCACUGCCUGUCGGUGGGAUGCAUUGUCGACGGCUGCCCGCCGGGCAUGGCCCUCACCGAGGCAGAUAUCCAGCCGCAGAUGACGCGACGACGGCCGGGACAGAGCGCCAUCACGACGCCGCGCAACGAGAAGGACAAGGUGGAGAUUCAGUCUGGAACCGAGUUUGGCAUUACGCUGGGCACCCCGAUUGGCAUGAAAGUCAUGAAUGAGAACCAGAGGAAGCAGGACUAUGGCAAUCAGACAAUGGAUGUUUACCCGAGACCGAGCCAUGCGGAUUGGACGUACUUGGAGAAGUACGGAGUCAAAGCGAGCAGUGGCGGCGGAAGGAGCAGUGCGAGGGAGACAAUUGGACGAGUUGCUGCGGGCGCAAUAGCAGAGAAAUACCUCCGCGAGGCCUAUGGCGUCGAGAUUGUCGCCUUCACAAACUCGAUAGGCAACGAGUUCCUCUUCCCACCCACACCCGAGCAUCCCACAUGCGCCACAAACCCCGAGUACCUCAAGGCCAUCGACGUGAUUACCCGCGAGCAAGUCGACCAGUUCCUGCCUGUGCGAUGUCCCAACGAUGAGGUCAACAGGCGCAUGGAGAAGCUCGUUGCAGACUACAAGGAGAAGGAGGACAGUAUUGGCGGCACCGUGACGUGUGUGAUCAGAAAUUGCCCCAGCGGACUAGGUGAGCCGUGCUUCGACAAACUGGAGGCGACGCUGGCACACGCCAUGCUCAGCAUACCUGCUACCAAGGGCUUCGAGAUUGGCAGCGGGUUUGGAGGGUGCCAGGUACCUGGUUCAAUCCACAAUGACCCCUUCAUCAAGGCUCCUGCCGUCCCAGCAGGGACCGGUCACCCAUCUGUACAGCGCCCACGCCUGACGACGAAGACAAACAAUUCUGGUGGUGUCCAGGGAGGUAUCUCCAACGGUGCGCCUAUCUACUUCACGGUCGCUUUCAAGCCCCCGGCAACCAUCGGCCAGGCGCAGCAGACCGCAACCUACGACACUGAUGAGGGCGUGUUGGAGGCAAAGGGUCGUCACGAUCCGUGUGUGGUGCCCCGUGCAGUGCCCAUCGUGGAGUCUAUGGCGGCAUUGGUGAUCAUGGAUGCAGUGCUGGCGCAGCAGUCGAGGGCAGCGGCGAGAAGUCUGCUGCCGCCGCUGAAGGGUGUCGUACCCGUGGCGGAAACGCGAAACGGAGUUUAGUCGAGAUAGAGUUUCGUUGGAUAAAUGUACAAAAU